UUUUGAGGUAACAAUUAUUUUUUUUAUUUUAUUGUUAUGUCCUGUCAUGUCCGUUUUUUCUUUCAUUUUUCAAAAUAAAAGCGCAUCAGACUGCUGGAUGGAGAUAACCAUCGCAUGAUGUCACAGCCUCGGUUCCGCCUCCCCCUGCAGUCUCACUGAAGUGCAAACCUUUGAAUAUUCCUCCCCCCGUCAGAACUUUCCUGUUUUUUGGAGCGCCCCCCCUCUCUCCUCCGCACUGCCCUCACUCCCAGCCGGUGCGCCGUGGAGCGGUGAUGCCGCCGUCAGAGCGCUCUCUCUGCGGAUCCACGCGAGGAGGCGUCACGCCGUGAGCGCGGACAUCCGCCGAUCCCCGCACACACGAACCCCGCACUUUUAGGAGGAGAAGUGACCGCCCCGGAGCCCGGCAGCAUGCGGGUCCCUUCCAGCGUGCUGUACCCGCUCCUGUCCCUCACCAUCUUCGGAUUAUGUCCGUCUAUGACUAUUGGCCCAAAGGAAGGCUGGCAGGUGUACAGUUCUGCCCAGGACGCGGAUGGACGCUGCAUCUGUACAGUGGUGGCUCCGGAACAGAACCUGUGCUCCCGAGACGCCAAAAGCAAGCAGCUUCGCCAACUUCUUGAAAAGGUGCAAAACAUGUCUCAGUCCAUCGAGGUGUUGAACCUGCGGACUCAGAGGGAUUUUCAAUACGUCAUGAAGAUGGAGAACCAAAUGAAAGGCCUGAGGACCAAAUUCAGGCAGGUUGAAGACGAAAGGAAAUCUAUGAUCUCCAAGAAUUAUCAGGAGCUAAAGGACAAGAUGGACGAGCUGAAGCCUCUGAUCCCCGUGCUGGAGCAGUACAAGAUGGACGCUGCGCUCAUCUCCCAGUUCAAGGAGGAGAUCAGGAACCUGUCGGUGGUUCUGACGGGCAUUCAGGAGGAACUGGGAGCCUACGACUACGACGAGCUCUACCAGCGAGUCCUGCGACUGGACACGAGGCUGCGCAGCUGCAUGGGCAAACUAACGUGUGGGAAACUAAUGAAAAUCACUGGACCUGUUACAAUUAAGACAUCUGGAACCCGGUUUGGGGCAUGGAUGACUGACCCUCUCGCAUCGACCAGAAACAACAGGGUUUGGUAUAUGGACAGCUACACCAACAGCAAGAUUGUGCGCGAGUACAAGACAAUGGAAGACUUCGUAGCCGGAGUGGUUUCUCGAACCUACAGCCUCCCGUACAAAUGGGAAGGAACCAAUCAUAUCGUCUACAAUGGAUCGCUGUACUACAACAAAUACCAGAGCAACAUAAUAGUCAAAUACAGCUUUGACUUGGGCACAGUUCUGGCACAGCGAGCUUUGGAAUUUGCCGGUUUCCACAACAUGUACCCGUACACUUGGGGAGGAUACUCCGACAUCGAUGUCAUGGCUGACGAAAUGGGACUUUGGGUUGUGUACGCAACCAACCAGAAUGCGGGAAAUGUGGUCAUCUCUCAGAUAGACCCCGACACCCUGCAGGUCCUGAACACAUGGAACACAGAAUACUCCAAAAGGAAUGCUGGGGAAUCCUUCAUGAUCUGCGGGACACUCUAUAUCACCAACUCUCACCUGUCAGGUGCCAAGGUUUACUACGCUUACUCCACAAAAACCUCCACCUAUGAAUACAUCGACAUUCCUUUCCACAACCAGUACUUUCACAUCUCUAUGCUUGACUAUAACGCCAGAGACAGAGCACUGUACGCCUGGAAUAACGGACACCAGGUAAUCUUCAAUGUAACGCUUUUUCAUGUCAUAAAAACUGAUGACGACUCCUAAAACGGAACUGAGACUCCAUAGCCAACCAUAAACACGGCGUCAUUUGUGAUCUGAGGGCCAACUAGUUCACCAUGCUUUCUCCAGUCCAAUGUGGAGUUUGAUCUACUCAUGCUACGUUCACACUGGGGUCGGAAACGCUCGUUCAAGCAACCACUUCCAAUGAAAACUCUAUAUUAUUUAUAUAAAAAAGGUGUCUCAAAAAAUAUAUCACUUUCGCUCUAUGUCACCAGCAGUCGCUGGUCCACUGGCAUUCGGGCGGAGCUUACAGUACUCAAAUAUACAUAACAACAGCGGUUUUAUAACUUCAAAAGGGUCAUGCUACAACAAAAAGUCAUUACUUACAUUUAAAUGUAAACUUCUGUGCUUCAGAGCGCACCCACACGAAGAAAUUCACUUCUCCUCCGCUGCACCGUGGAACCCCCUCGCAAGGGAGGGGUCUGUAUCCCUCUGCUUGCACUUCACAAGCCCCUACAUAUGGAGGGGUAGAGAGAAGGGCAGAGUUCAGAUUGGGUCUAAGUAAACGCACAUAAAUGGAGGUUUCAAGUUUCCGUGCUCAAAACAUUCAUGUUUACACAUUGCUACGCAAGUCUGUUUGAAGUUUGACCAAUCAGUGACUUAGAUUCAGUAGUGUCUUUUUUAACACACAGAAGUCCCAACCAUUUACAAAUUGAUCGUGGAGGAUAUAUAUAUAUAUAUAUAUAUAUAUAUAUAUAU